AUGGGGCUGCGCGGCCCCUUGCAGAGGGACCACUUGGCUGGUGGCACCUUCCAGGGGUGGGUGGCCGAGGAGCAGGUCUGCCAGCUGCUGCAGGCCGAGCCGCACCGCGCCGGGCGGCAGUGGAAGUUCGCCGGCUCCUUCUACUUCGCCAUCACCGUCAUCACCACCAUCGGCUAUGGACAUGCUGCCCCAGGCACCGAUGCUGGCAAGGUUUUCUGCAUGUUCUACGCGAUCCUUGGCAUCCCCCUCACGCUGGUUAUGUUCCAGAGCCUGGGGGAGCGCAUGAACACCGUAGUCCGGUUACUGCUCAAGAAGAUAAAGAAAUGUCUAGGCAUGAGGACAACCAACGUCUCCAUGGAAAAUAUGGUCUUAGUCGGCUUUCUCUCUUGCAUGGGGACCCUGUGCAUCGGUGCAGCAGCUUUCUCUUAUUUCGAGGGCUGGACGUUCUUUCACGCCUAUUAUUACUGCUUCAUCACCUUGACCACUAUCGGCUUUGGAGACUUUGUGGCUCUGCAGAAGAAUGAAGCUUUGCAAAAAAAGCCCCCGUAUGUGGCCUUCAGCUUCAUGUACAUCCUGGUGGGCCUGACUGUCAUAGGCGCCUUCCUUAACUUGGUGGUGCUGAGGUUUCUGACGAUGAACUCAGAGGAUGAGCGGCGGGAUGCUGAAGAGAGAGCAUCCCUGCGGAGAGCCAGGAACAACAUCCACCUGAAACCGAAGGAGGACAACCAGAGCAACAACGCUAUUUUUCUCCCUGUUGAGGACAGGACAAGCCAGAUGAACCUCAUCCCGCUGAUCCAGGAAGAUGUGGAGAGACAGCGGCGCCAGUCCGCCAACUCGACCACCAAGGUCCCCUCCUUCUGCACAUGCCUGUGCUACAGACCUCAGCUGUGCGGCAGUCCUGUGCCCUCCCACCCCGAGACCCUGAGCUGCCACACCAACCCCAUCUAUUACAACUCAAUUUCCUACAAAAUCGAUGAGGUCUCCCUGAGUACGAGGGGGCAGACCGGCUCUUCCCCGGGGAGCACUUUAUCAUCCAACAGCCCUCACUGCCGGCAGCACCCCCGCCCGCGCAGGAAAUCCAUCUAGGAACGCAUGCUCCAGGCGGGGUGCGUGCUGAGCCGUAUUCAGCUACUCAAGUCAUAUUUUGAUGAUAAAUUAUUAACUGAGAAGUCGGGUCACUCUUACUGCUCUCAUUUCUUCUCUUCCACUCCCUUUUCAGCUGGCUUCAGCUCCUGUGGCAGCCCAGCUAGGCACAGGGGCCGGCAGGAUCCCUCAAACCCUGUUGAUAAAUAAUCAUUCCUUUUUGCAGAGGACUAAGUGAACUGAAUUACAACACAUUGUUAGUUUUCUUUGCUUUUUUACCCCGAAUUGAUCCAAGCAUUUGGCUCUGGCAAGAGGCCCCCACCCGAUGUGGGAUCCAGGACAGUUGUGGGUUUGCUUUCAAACCUCCCCACUCCCGAAACCGCAGCAUUGCUGCCCCACUCCAUGCCUGCCCUUUGCACUAACCUUAACCCUGGGUCACUACCAGCAUAGGACUCUAGCAACACAGGCUGAACUACACUUGCUGAGAGUGCUUGCAAACGAAGCCAGUAUUAGCGAGCCCUCCAGGGGCAAAGAUGCUCCAGCAAAUUGUCCACCCUGCGUUGGGUGCAGGUAAGGCAGGGCCCUGUUUGCAGCCGGGCAGCGAGGAGGGGAACGGGGCAGCCGAAUGGCCGUGGGGUGGGCAGUGUGUGGGGCAGAUAGGGCAAGGACGGGCCAUGGGGCCUGGCACAGCCUGUGGGGGCAGUUUUAUAGCACUACAUCUCCUGUGACCUGUCUCUCCCCAGAUCUAAGUUCAGGGCCUGUGGUUGGCUUAAUGCAUUUGAAACCACUUGCACUGGGCUCCAUAUGCUCACUUGCUUAUCUCUCCAGCUCCUCUUACUCCUGCUUUUGGCAGGUCUCCCAAUCAGGCUGCAGUGCCCCAUUCACCGGAGAGCCCUGCAUCCCACUUCAGGGUAGGGGUGGCUGAACUCCUGCAGCCAAGCCAAGCCAUAGCCCUCCUCUGUAAUGAGCCCAGGCUGUGCCAGGGACACAGCACCAGGGAGGUGUCCCUGAGCUAUAUAAAGCCACCUGCAAAAGGUUUGGCCCCGAUUAGAUCGUUAGCUAGAAUCACCAUCUCCUUCACCACCUGCAUCUGACCCCCUCCCUGCCUCUGCUACCCCUGGUCGCGCGGGGGCUUGCUGGAGAUGGGAUGACCCCUCCUCUGUGCGGUGGACCAGGCAGGGGCUGGGCUCUGGGGCGUCCCGAGAGCCUCCUGGCCAAACUGUCCUUCACGGGGCUCCUCCUGCAGGGAGCCCUGGCACGGCACAGCCCUUUCUGGGUGACAACCACAGCCGGGAGCCAUCGACGCCGCAGGACCCCUGUAACCGGGACCUCCUCUCGCCCCUCCUGCCCGUUCCUGCAAGC